AUGUCCGGAGCAAUUUUUGCGCCUCUGGAGGGCCUGGGUACCCUGGAUGCUGCAAGUGGCCAUCCCCUCGUGUGUCCACUGUGCCAUGCGCAGUACGAGCGCCCGUGCCUGCUGGACUGCUUCCACGACUUCUGCGCUGGCUGCCUGCGCGGCCGGGCCACUGAUGGCCGCCUGUCCUGUCCACUAUGCCAGCACCAGACCCUGGUGAAGGGUCCCGGUGGGCUCCCGCCAGUGGACCGGCUGCUGCAGUUCCUGGUGGAUAGCUCUGGGGAUGGUGUGGAGGCUGUACACUGUGCCAACUGUGACCUGGAAUGCAGCAAGCAGGAUGCAGAAACCACCUACUUCUGCAACACCUGCGGGCAGCCCCUGUGCGCACGCUGCCGCGAAGAAACGCACCGCGCGCGCAUGUUCGCGAGGCAUGAAAUUGUAGCCCUGGGCCAGCGCAGCCGCGACGUGAUCCAGAAGUGUACGCUGCACUCAGAGCCCUACAUCAUGUUUUCCACCGACAAGAAGUCGCUGCUCUGCAUCCGCUGCUUCCGGGACAUGCAAGGGGAGAGCCGGGCCCACUGUGUGGACCUGGAGUCAGCUUACGUGCAAGGAUGCGAGCGGCUGGAGCAGGCAGUGCUGGCGGUGAAAGCCCUACAGACAGCCACGAAAGAGGCCAUCGCGCUGCUCCAGGCCAUGGUAGAGGAGGUGAGGCACAGCGCCGCUGAGGAGGAGGCAGCCAUCCACGCCCUCUUCGGCAGCAUGCAGGACAGGCUGUCUGAGAGGAAGGCCCUGCUGCUGCAGGCUGUGCAGUGCCAAUACGAAGAGAAGGACAAAGCUUUCAAGGAACAGCUUGCCCACCUGGCCUCCUUGCUGCCCACCCUACAGGUUCACCUGGUCAUCUGCUCGUCCUUCCUCAGCUUGGCCAGCAAGGCCGAGUUUCUGGACCUGGGUUAUGAGCUGCUGGAGAGGCUGCAAGGCAUCGUCACGCGGCCGCAUCGCCUAAGACCAGCUCAGAGCAGCAAGAUCGCCAGCGACCACCGUGCAGAAUUCGCGCGCUGCCUGGAGCCGCUGCUGCUGCUGGGGCCCCGCAGAGCUGUGUCCACCGUGGGCGUCGCCAGCACGUUGGCAGGAAGCUCAAGCCCCAAGGUGCUGAAGACACCCAGCUGUUCCUCCCCAGAGGGAAAGAUUUCAGGGUCACCUGUCCAAAAACCCUCACCACACCGUUCCAUCAGCACGAAGGUGCUCCUGGCCGAGGGCGAAGACACACCCUUCACAGAGCACUGCCGACGUUAUGAGGAUUCCUAUCGGGGUCUGCAGCUAGAGGUGCAGAACCUGAAGGACCAGGUCCAGGAAUUACACCGAGACCUCACCAAGCACCACUCGCUCAUCAAGGCAGAGAUCAUGGGGGACAUCCUGCACAGGUCCCUGCUGCUGGACACGCGGAUCGCUUCUGAGUAUGCCUCCAUGGAACGCAUGAGAGCCGUCUUCCAGGAGAUUUGGGAGGACUCCUACCAACGAGUGGCUACCCAGCAGGAGAUUUAUGAAGCCCAGCUCCAUGACCUUCUCCAGCUGAGGCAGGAGAAUACCUACCUGACCACCGUCACCAAGCAGAUCACACCCUACAUCCGCUCCAUUGCCAGGGUAAAGGAGCGGCUGGAGCCCAGAUUCCAGGGACCUGGGGAUGAGCAAACGGAACAGAUCCUGUAUGAUGAUGGCAGGGACGGUGCCACCUCAGCCAGGACCGACCCAGGGAGCGCCACUGAGGAGAGAGAGAGGGCGUCUGAGCCCCACGGAAGCAGCUGGGCCCUGAGCAGCCACCCAGAAGCACCUCCAUUAAAGAACCAAGACCACCUCAGACCCAAGUAGGAGACCAGAGAUGAAGGCUGGCGAGGUGGCUCAGGGCCCAGAGGGGCUUGCUGCCAAGGCUGCUGAUCUGGAGCACCGUGGCACAAGGAGAGAGCUAAUUUCCACACACAUUUGCAAUAAAGAAGUAAUGUGAAAGACCUUCUCAGUGAGGAUGGCAUCCCACAGGGACGGCAGCCCAGUAACCGGGUCCUAGUGAGGUGGACCCAGACGCCAGCGUCCCCACGACUGGCACACACGCUCCAGACAUGGCUCAGGGGUUAAGAGCACUGGCUGCUCUUUCAGAAGACCCCGGGGUUCAGAUACUGUCCCCUACAUGGUGCUCACAACCACCUGUAACUACAGUCCAGGGGAUUUGACACCCUCCUCUGACCUCUGUGAGUACCACAUACAUGUGGUACAGACAUACAUGCAGGUAAAACACACAUAAAAAUAAAUGGGGGCAGGGAAACAUGUGCUGCCACCAACUGACCUAUUAUGUCUUUAAUCCCAGCACUCAGGAGGCAGAGGCACAUGUAUGUUUCUAAGUUCCAGGACAGCCAGGGCUACACAAAGAAACCCUGUCUUGGGGGGGUGGGGGGAGUUAAGCUACAUGACCCAAAAUUGAAGUUUUGGAAACUAAAUGAUGCCCUUACGGUCACAUUUCAAGAAAAUAUACAGCCUGAUUCAGUUAAACAGCAAAAUGCUGCUUUUAUGUACCAGAGAGGCUGGCACCUCACACAGCCCACAGCGACUGCACUGAUACCCUGUCCCCGAGGGCAGAGGAAGUUAGUGCUAUAAAAGCUGCUAGAGCAGCGUGCUCUCAAGAUGUGCUAUGGGACAUUCACAUCACGGUUCAUAACGGCAACAAGAUCACAGUUGUGAAGCCGAAAGGGAAUACAACUUUGUGGUUGUGCUCCACAACAUGAGGAAGUGUAUUUAUUAUACAGGGUCCCAGUGUCAGGAAGGUUGAGAACAUUGCUCUAGGGGCAGGAGUUCAGAAGUCAGCCUCGAGACAAAACACACAUGACUUGAUGCUGGUGGCGCGGAAUUCUCAUCAGGACACGGUUAUCACAUAUGGCUUCUACAUCCUACACAGUCACGCUUGUUCAUAGUGAAAUCAAGUACAGUUUUAUUUAAGAAUUAGAAAGAAUAAUUGGUAUCUGUGAAAGAAAAUCCCAUUUAAUAUAUUUAAAUAAACAUUUCUGUGUGUAAAAA